CCUGAUUUGCGUUGGCGACGUUGCAGUUAGCUGCAGAAGAUUAAAAUAUUGGGUACACGCUUCCCUGCCUUCUAAUGGUCAGAGUGUCCACAUGUCGGUCUGCUGGGCAACAAUCGCCAUUGCCAACUAAUCUGAUCUUUAUUCUGAGACAUGAAAUCCCUCUUCCAGACCACCACGCCACUCGUGUGCAAUUAAAUUAAACCAACACCUGCUCCUAUAAAUCAUCAGAACUUGUAAUCAUUGGCAUCAAGCAGAAAAAGGAACAGAAUCAAGAAGAAGAAGAAGAAGAAGAAAUUUCAAUCUACAAUGGUGGUGGCAUCUUCAUCUUUGAGCCGUUCAUUCUCAGUUCCGCCUACAGAGGUAGCAGCAGCAGCAGCAUGCCAUGCCCGCUCUUCAAGCCUCCCCUGCGGAUCUCACCCCAUCCUCUCUCAGCUCAAGGACCAAAUGCAGAAACUCGAAGUAGCCUUGGCCGCCAGCUUCAGAGACCCCGCCGCCAUUAAUCUCCUAACAGGCCUUAGGAUGCUCAAAACCUUGUACGACAUGGUCGACAGCUUUGUGCAGUUGCCGCAGGUGCAAGAGGCGAUGCACCACCAUGAGAAUUGGGCCAAUCUCCUUCUGGAAGACCUGCUCAAGUUCCUUGAUGCUUUUGGAGUCAUGGCAGCAACUCUGUCGAGCCUCAAAGAGAUAAACCUGACUACUCUGAUCUCCCUGAGGAGAAGGGAGCCCAACAGCGUGGAAUCCAGCCUCCAAUCCUUCGUGAACUACAGGAAAACGGCAAGCAAGGAGAUGGGCAAGCUCGUUGCCGUCCUGAAAACCAUGGCGAAACCAUCAGGACCCCUGCUCUUGACCAUCGACGAGGUGGAGACGGUGGCCGUCUUUAAUGGCGUCAAAUCCUUGACCGUUUCGGCCGCCGUCUCUGUGGCUUCUGCACUGAUGUGCUUGACGCCGAGGAAGGUCGUCGAGAGAUUGAUGGCCAUGCCCAGGAGGCAAGUGCCGGAGGCCAUGAAAGAAAUGAACGAAGCGGAUUGUGCCAUGGACUGCGCUCUGAGAGCUUGUGCCAAGGGCGACCAUACCAAUGAUGAGGUGCUGAGAGUGGCUGUUGAGCGUAUGGUCGUCUUGGAGGACCGCCUUAAUGGCCUGGAGCGAGAGAAUGAGUCUAUUUUCCGAGGUUUGAUCAGCACAAGAGUAUCCAUCCUCAACAUUCUAACGCAAUGAAGGUGGUGGUUUUUGGGUUCUUUGCACAGACCCAAAUAGAUUCUGACCUACUGUUGUGAAAUUUUUAGGUGUCUCGUUUCACUGCGGAUAUUAAUUAAUGUGGGGUGAUUUCAGGUUCAUGGACUAAGAUUGAACCCCUCAUCCAAUUUUAAAUCCGCUGUUUUUUUACAUAUAAAGUAGAUCUAAUGUGAGAGUACAGGUAAUCUCAAUCUAAGAUUGAGGACUAUCAAACGCCACCUCUUGGAGUUCUAUGAAAUGACUUUGAACAGGAGGACCACACCUUCGGUUUGGGCCCCUUGCGUGCUUGGGACGUUUAGACA